AUGGAGGGUAGUCACGAAGCGCACGAGGGUGGUGACGAAGUUUACCGCCGAGCAGCCAAGGCCAUCAAGGAGGGCACCUUCUUGCUGGUCGGUGCCGGCGCGGGCAUGUCGGCCGACUCAGGCCUCCCUGUUUAUGGUGAUGUGUCCAAGCUGGAGUUCUUCCAGCGCACCAAGCUGGACUACCGUGAUGUAUGCGACCCGUCCCUCCUGAUCAAGAACCCCGAGCGCUACUUCGGGUGGGCCGCGCUCAACAUCUCCAAGUACCGUGCCGCGCGGCCCCACGCCGGCUACGACCUCCUGCGCCGAUGGCGGGACGACCUCUAUCCCGCGCAGCAGCAGCAAGGACCCGGGACCGACGAGCUUGUGCGUACGCUGCACGCCAAGCUGCGAGACCCCACCAGCAUCAGAUCGCUCGAGGGCCUCGGCGUCUCCGCGCUGCCCGGGCGCACGUUCGUCUUCACCACCAACGUGGACGGCUUCUUUCUCCGCGCAGGGUUCCAUCCCGAAGAGGUGUUUCAGGCUCACGGCACCUAUGAGCGCGUGCAGUGUGCAGGCCUCAAGCGCGAGGGCAGCAAGAGCCCGGCGUUCAAGCACUUCGAUGGGCCGUGUUGCCAGAAGACGUGGGAGGUGCCACAGGACUACGCCAUGGAGUACGACGAGCUGAACAUGUCCGCGCCCGCGGGUGCGCCUCGCUCUAGCCCCACGUCGGUCGACCCCACCCACUGGGGCAAUCACGCCACCUGCUCCCACUGUGGCAAGCUCGCCCGAUCCAAUAUUUACGGCUUCGGAGAUUACUGCUUCAUCGAGAACGAGCAGGAGUCGGCCCUCUUCAUGAAUUGGUGCCAGGCCGUGCAGCAAAUGGUGAAGGACGACCCCAAGGCCUCGGUCGUGCUGUUAGAGAUCGGUGUAGGACUGCGGCUGCCCAAGGUGCGCGUGCAUUUUGAGAGAAUGGUGAAGGAGCUGCCCGAGGGACGGGCCACCAUCGUCCGCAUCAACCCAACGCCUGUGGACUGCGAUCCCGCUACCACCGCCUCUGUAAUCCACAUCUACGAUGGCACCCUCACCGCCCUACAGAAGAUCGACGCCAUGUUGCAUGAAUAA